AUGGCCAUGGAUGAAGAGCAAGGAGCGACUCUCUCUAACACUAAUCCAACUUCUCCGGUUCAUCUAACAGUUUGGCAUCAGUCCUUGCUCUUCAAUGGUAAUGGCUAUACAGUUUAUGAUGGUUUAAAUGGUAACUUGGUUUUCAGAGUUGAGAACUAUGCUUGUGACUGGAAGCAGGAGAUGUUCCUCAUGGAUUCCUCCGGCCAUGUCUUGUUCACCAUCUCUCGCCGCACCGUCCACCUUGGAAAGAAACUUUGUAUAAUGGAGAGUUGGGAAGCAUUUAAGGGUGACAAAGAAGUAGUAAGAUAUGGUAUUGAUGGUCGACAGAAGCCAUUCAUGGUCGCAACGAAGACCUUCAGAAACCCUAGUUGCAGUAUAACAGUAGCCACUGGUGAUAAGUAUCAAAUUAAGUGGUCAUAUCAGGAGGGAUGGUUGAAGAUAUUCCCAGAAACAUCCCUUUCUGUACCAAUAGCACAGGUUAGCAGGAAAUGUGGAACCACACCAGAGUCAAAUUCUUCCCCCCUAGGAAAAGAUGUUUUUACCCUAAUUGUCCAUCAAAGAGUGGAUCAAGCAAUGGUAAUGGCAAUGGUUAUGAUCAGUGAUGCCAUGAUGAGAUGAGUUGAGUUUCUGCUAGAUAUACUUGACUACCCAGGUGCCAAGUAAUUGAUUUGAUCUGGCUAGCUUA